AUUGAAUUCAUAUGGUAACUAACCCGCUGCUAAAUUCACAGACAGCUCUGUUUGCCAAUAAUGGAAGAAUAAGGGUGGUUUAUAACUAACCCAUGGGACACUUCAGUGAUGACUGGUUACUCAACUCUGUGAGAAUUCCGCGGAUGUAAGAGCAACAGACAUCAUCCCACCCACACAAAUCAACAUGACCUCCCAGCAGGCCAACCCUUUGACGGCAUUCAAGAGCCCCGCUGACCUCAGUCCGGACUACUUCUCCUGGGUCCUUCGCCUCCAGAUCAUCAGCCUGGGCUUUGCCUUCUACACUGCCAUUUUCCUCCUCUCCCACCUGGUGUCCACAGCCCUCUCCCAGACCUACCACUCUCUGCUGGCCAAGGAGAAGGUGUUCUGGAACCUGGCGGUCACACGGGCUGUAUUCGGCCUCCAGAGCACGGUGGCAGGCUUACGAGCGCUAACCGAAGACUCGGCCUUGUCAAGGGACAGGAUAAGAGGUCAGGAGCACUGGUCGUGGUUCACCGUGCUCACCGCCACGGGCUUCUUCCUGUUUGAGAAUGUGGCGCUGCAUCUCUCCAGUGUGGUGUUCAGGUCCUUCGACCUCGCUCUGGCUACCCACCAUUUCUUUGCCCUGUCGGGAUUCACUGGGGCCGUGGUCUGGGACUCACUAGGGCAUUACCUGCCCAUGGUCACUCUGCUGCUGGAGAUGAGCACGCCUUUCACCUGCAUCUCUUGGAUGUUACUAAAGGCGGGCUGGGCGAGGACCCUCUUCUGGAAGGCCAACCAAUGGGUGAUGGUCCACAUGUUCCACUGCCGCAUGGUGCUUACCUACUACAUGUGGUGGGUGAGCUGUAGCCACUGGGGGGAGAUGAACAUGUACGUGGCUCUGCCCCAGCGAGUCCUCUUCUACACUGGCCUGGCCCUGCUCACAGUGCUCAUCAACCCAAUCUGGACACACAAGAAGACCAUGCAGCUCCUCAACCCUGUCGACUGGAACUUCAGCAACAAGCCAUUGCCCAACGGCCCCAGUGGGGAACGGGAAGAGAAACCUCAUGAGAGCUAAACGGAACCAAGGACUGUGAACCUGUUUUGUACAGUUAUGUUUCUUUUACUAUGUUUGUAAAGGAGAGGAAGUGUGAUUCAAAGCGAAAAAUAGUCUAACUCUGGCUUUUAAGUUUGUAACGGAAAGGAAAGGCCAUUUUAAAUACUAUUUUCUUACUAACUCUGGCUUUUAGUGUUUGAAGUAUUUUGAGGAUUUCAAGUUUAUCUGAACUACUGUGUUUUUAAGGUUCUCAGUAUAGGUCUGUUGUCUCUACAAGACGUGGGUGAAAGGGCCUUUGACGACAAGAAAUGUCAUAGGUGAACUUAAUUUUAUAGUAGAAAAGUGUUGGCCUGACCCGUAUGCCGUUGGUUAUUCGCAGUUUUUGAUAGUGUUGCUUUAUUGAGUGGGAGUGCAGAUGAACAGAGAGAAAGGCAUAUUAUUGUUCUGUCUACUCAGUUCAGCUUCCAGCAGAAAGCUGUGAAUGUGCUAGUUAACCUCUCUGGAAUGGGGUGUUGGCUUGUUUGAAGUGCACUUACAGGUAAAGUGUGUGGUCACUCAAACACUAUGUGCUGAGCACAGACCAGUCCAUGAGGCAGCAGAUUUACUCGCUGAGAACAAACUCAGUGACAGACUGAGAUUGGAGACGGUCACGAUUUGGCAGAUGAGGAAAGUCUUACAGCUUUCGAACGUCAUUGGAAGGCAAGCAACUUCUUUCUGUAUCGUAAAAAAGUAUUUCUGAUUUGCUUCAGAGUAGACUGUAAUGUGUGCUGGUAGUGUUGUGUGCUCUAGUUUAAUCUUUAUCAAUUAAUUUAAUCUUGAGAAAAUGGUUCCUGUAUUCUGUGGAUGUCUGAGUCGUAUCUUUGAUAGUGGGGUUGACUUAAUAGUAUAGACUCCGUGUAGACUCUCUAAACGUGUGACAGUGGAUGCUAAGAGAGCUGUGAGAAGCAGUGCUGUUUUCAGGGGGGGUCACCAAAGGGAGUGGAUAGACUAACAAGCACCACGGUGCAGGCCAAAUGGAUGGUGAUGUCUUCCUUUUGUUACUUAUCAACUCUCUCUACUGCUGAUCUGUCGGAAAAUGAAGUUGGGGGUUCAUUCUUUGAGUAAUCUCUCCUUUGUUUGCUAUCUCCUAGACCUUCUAUAAACCUGCAAAUUAGUUAAGUUGACAAUUUAAAUCCAGUUCAUUCAAGAUUCACGUGAGAUGGAGUGUGUGAGUUUGAACCCUUAACCUGGUUGUUUGUGGACAGAUGCAUUUCAGUCCUGUAGUCUAGCAUGGAGCUUUUGGAAACUACUCACCCACAUUGAACUACAUCCAGACUGCCAUACUGUACUUCAUAAAUCCUCUCUUGACUUGAGAGGUGUGGAAAAUAGAAUAAGAAUAUAUCAACGGUACAAACAACUUAUGACACCAAGGCAUUACACCGGUGCGCAUCACGGUGAUGUCAUUAUAAAUAUCGAAUAGCUCCCCAUGUGUUUAUGCUAGACUUACCAUUUCUUGUAGUGGCUGCAGCUCAAUCCCCUCUUUCUUCCUAUUUAUAAAGCUUGCGCCUAUUCCAUAAUAUGGGGUUUGUGAAAGGGCUAUAUUUCUACACAGGAUCCAGACAAGAAAAUAAUUACGAAAUCAUCUGUUAAAAACCAAACUGUUUGAGCUACAAACUAAAUGGAAAGAUGAGACUUUCAUGAACACGACGGUGUCCAAUGUUUUGCUCUUUGACACACGCUUCAGGAGAGUCGUCUGAAGGUAACCCUUGGACCGGCCUGUAAAAAUGGCCCAACGUGCUUUGGGUUCAAAUUUUCACUAAUAAAGUGAACAAACAUGGGUCAAAUUUAUGUCUCUCAGAUAUAGGAAAAAUACCUAAAAACCUUAGUCCUUUUGACUGUGUUUUGUGAUGUACAAAUCUGUUAUUCAAUGUGUUUUUUUAUGGGCUAUAGCAGUGAAGGCCAAAUUCAAUGUUUUAAUUAAAUAAUUUAUAUAUACAGUAUUUAUACCUACAGGGGUCCUAAAAUUCUAAAUCAAAUGGUUAAAUUAUACAUUUUAUGGUCAUCUUUUAAAACAAUUUCAUAUGUUAGCUUAGUAGAUAUUGCGAUCUAAGGGCUCAGACCCACACUGGUUAAACACGCUUUCAUUCUCAUCUAGAUGCUCUUCGGGAAAUGGUUAGGUUCAAUCUGCUUUGCAUCAUAGGUUCAUGUUAUGUCUUCUGUUCAAAUGGAUUUCAUUAGACAUAUAUCCUAGAACUCUGCUGGUGUUGGUUAGAAAGGAUAGGGUAUUACAAGUAAUUCACAUGGGAAAACCUCAACAUUCAUUACAGUAUUUUCAUAGUCUUAGGUAAUGAGUUUGUAGUUUAUUUUUUGGGGUUAAGAGUGGUUAGAGAUGAAAAGGGGGAACAAGCAUCAUCUCUUGUUUAGCUUGCUUUUAUUUUUUUAUUACAAUAGAUUAUUGAAUUCAAAUAGAUGCACGACUGAAGGCCUUCAUAGUCAUAAUUAACCUAAACUUUACUAUAUUUUUUGAAUUCAGGUUUUAUUAUUAAGCUUAUGAAGUAAGUCUUGUUGUUUGGUCGACAUGUUUGCCUGGCAUUCAGAAUAUAGCAAUACAACAAAGAAAAUGUACACAGUAGCUUUGUUUUAAUUGGUUGAUGCCAGCUUUAACCAAAUACAAUGGAGUUAUUUCUGGGUUCUCUACUUGAUUAUUUGUAUUUCCAGUGGGAUUUUUGUCAUUCUUUAAGCGUUUUCUACUACGAUGCAGUCUAAUUAGUUCUGAGCUCGUAUAUUAACAGUGUUGGAUUUGCCAUUAAUUUCUACUAUUGUCUGUCAGUAUGAAGUUGUGUGAUGGAUGCUCACACAUUGACAGUCAUUUUCUGACUACCACUCAAAUCUGUUCACUUUAACAUGAGCUGUCAAUAAAACCUUCAACAUA